UUUUAUUGGGUAGCUUGCGUGGCUAUCCCUUGAAAAUUAUGUAACUUUUUCAUACGAGAGAGAGAUUGCGGAAGAAGAAUCUGCAAAACGGUGCGAAAUUAGAAAACGCUUUGUUUUUCUUACACACUUUACUAAUCAUUUCAUCGUCUUCACGCAGACACUGAGACACGUCUUCAACCUGAAGUGUUGGUGCUACACGUCCUCAAUCCCAACAUUCCUUUUUUUUUCUUCCUUGGGUCAUAUCUAUAACCUUGAAAAAGUUGUAUCUGAUUUGUUAUUUGGCUUUGGACAUAGCAGUGAGAAUGUAUAAUAAUGUCAGGCCGCAACUAGGGGUGCCUCAAUUUUAUUCUCAACCUCCAACAAGCUCACAACCUAAUGUUUUAGGAAAUGCAUUUAAUGCUGCCGGUUCUGGACUCAUUCGAGGUGGGUUGGGUGCUUAUGGAGAAAAAAUAUUCGGAUCAAGCUCUGAGUACGUCCAAAGCAAUAUAAGUCGGUAUUUCUCUGACCCCCAAUAUUACUUCCAAGUGAAUGACCACUAUGUUAAGAACAAAUUAAAGGUGGUUUUAUUCCCAUUCCUGCACCGGGGUCAUUGGACUAGAAUUACCGAACCAGUGGGAGGUAGACUCUCUUAUAAACCUCCAAUUCAUGACAUAAAUGCACCUGACCUGUACAUUCCGUUGAUGGCAUUUGGUACCUAUGUUGUUCUUGCUGGCAUUUCACUCGGUCUUCGUGGAAAGUUUAGUCCGGAAGCAUUAAACUGGUUAUUCAUCAAGGGAUUGGUUGGUUGGUUUAUGCAAACAGCGCUUCUUAAAGCGACAUUACUUUCAUUAGGAAGUGGAGAAGCGCCACUACUGGACAUUAUAGCAUACGCAGGGUACACUUUUGCGGGCAUAUCUUUGGCUGUUGUUGGAAAAAUAAUCUCCGGUUACUCGUACUACGUUCUGAUGCCAUGGACCUGCUUAUGCAUGGGAGUAUUCUUAGUUAAAACAAUGAAAAGAGUCCUUUUUGCAGAAGUGAGGAGUUAUGACUCAAGUAAACACCAUUAUCUCUUGCUGUUUAUUGCUUUUGCUCAGUUCCCAUUGUUCAUAUGGCUUGGAAACAUUACUGUCAAUUGGUUUAUAUGAAGUGAUUGUAUUUAUACUGUACUAUAUAGUACCACUUAAUGUUAUUUUUUGGUUGUGGAUUUUGGAUAA